AUGGAUCGUGUAAACACCACACCCCGCCUUGCGGAGCUCCGCAAGCUGAUGAAGGCGAACAACAUCAGUGCUUACAUUAUCCCCUCUGGUGACAGUCAUGCAUCUGAGUACGCCGCAGACUGCUUCAACCGCCGGGAGUACCUCUCGGGCUUCGACGGAUCUGCUGGCACGGCCGUCGUCAGCGAAGAUGCGGCGGCACUCUCGACCGACGGCCGAUACUUCAACCAGGCCACACAGCAGCUGGACGAUAACUGGAGGCUGAUAAAGUUUGGAAUUCCCGAGGAGAUGACCUGGCAGGACUGGGUAGCCGAGCAGUGCAAGGACGGCAAGGCGGCUGGCGUAGACCCGACCCUCAUCACGCCCGCUGUCGCGAAGAAGCUUACGGAGACGAUCCGUAAGGCUGGUGGCUCUGGACUGGUGGCUAUCCAUGAAAACCUGGUUGACAAGAUCUGGGGCAAAGAGCGUCCCGCCACCCCGACCAACACAAUUUUUAUCCACCCGGACAAGUAUGCUGGGAAAACCGUCAAGGACAAGCUCGCCGAGCUCCGCGAGGAGAUCGCUAAGAAAAAGGCUGCUGGUAUGUACGUCACUGCCUUGGACGAAGUUGCCUGGCUCUUCAAUCUCCGUGGUCACGAUGUCGAGUAUAACCCGGUUUUCUACUGCUAUGCAUCCAUCACACAUGACAAGGCCAUUCUUUACGUCGAGGAGUCCAAGGCCAAUCAAUCCGUCCGAGAUCACCUCGCUGCGAACGAUGUUGAGAUCAAGCCCUACACCAGAUUCUUUGCUGAUGUCGAGCAGGCCUCUGACGGCAAGUACCUGAUCACCGACACCGCCUCGUGGGCUGUGAAGACCGCCAUUGGCGGCGAGGACAAGGCCGAGGAGGUCAAGAGCUCUAUCACGGAUGCCAAGUCGGUCAAGAAUGACGUCGAGUUGGAGGGUAUGCGAGCUUGUCAUAUCCGUGACGGCGCUGCCCUGACUUCGUACUAUGCCUGGCUCGAGAACCAGCUUGUUGAGAAGAAGGCAUCCAUUGACGAGGCGCAGGCCGCCGACAUGCUGAUGGAGUUUCGCAAGAAGCAAGAUCUCUUCGUCGGCGAGUCCUUUGCAACCAUUUCCUGCACCGGACCCAACGCGGCCAUCAUGCACUACCACGCCAGACACGGCAAGAGCUCGAUCAUCGAUCCCAACGCCGUCUACCUCUGCGACGCUGGUGCCCAAUACUACGAUGGCACGACAGACACCACUCGCACUAUGCACUUUGGAACCCCGACCGAGCGCGAAAAGGAGGCUUACACGCGCGUCCUCAAGGGUCUCAUUGCCCUGGACCGGGCGAUCUUUCCCAAGGGCGCUACCGGGUUUGCUCUGGACGCCUUUGCCAGACAGUUUCUUUGGAACGCUGGCCUCGAUUUUCGCCACGGCACUGGCCAUGGUGUCGGUUCGUUCCUCAAUGUGCAUGAGGGCCCCAUGGGUAUCGGCGCCCGUCCGGCGUACAGCGAAUUCCCCCUCAAGCCCGGCAACGUCCUCUCGAAUGAACCCGGCUACUACGAAGAUGGCAACUUUGGUAUACGUAUCGAGAACGUCAUUGUAGUCAAGGAGGUCAGGACGAAGAAUAACUUUGGCGGCACGCCGUACUACGGAUUCGAAAACGUCACCAUGGCCCCCUAUUGUAGUAACAUGAUGGACAAGUCCCUACUGACCCAGGAGGAGAAGGAGUGGAUCAAUGCCAAGAACAAGGAGACUUUGGAAAAGACCCAGGGCUUGCUCGCGAAGGAUGAGCUGGCGCUCGCUUUCCUGCAGCGUAACACCCAGCCCAUCUAA